CCGCAGCAUCGCACCGCAGCUCAGCGCCUCCACGCAUUCUUCCCCGGAAACCUGCGGGAGCCACACGCACGCACACCGGAGAACCCCGCAGCUCGCAGCCGAGAAUCAUGUUCUGCAGACGGGCAUGGCAGAGGGUCGCCCCGCUGGCACGGAGCGCCUUCAAACCGGCGUCCAGAAACCCUCCAGUGCGACACAUGGCCUUCGGGAUUCCUGGAGGAUCCACCAACAUGACGUACUUCCUGCUGUGUGGAGGCGGCGUCACCGCUGCAGCCGUCUACGCGUACAAGACAGUGAACGGCGAGAGUGAACGUCCUGAAGACAGACUGGCCACCGUGAGCACCACAGAGAAAGCUCCAGCAGCUGAGGCGGCACCGGAGGCGGCGGCGGCUCCUGCAGUCGAGCCCGCCCCGGCGGAGGAGGCGGCGCCCGCCGUGGAGGCCGCUCCAGAGCCCGUCCCCGCCCCCGCCGAGCCGGCGGCUGAGCCCGUCGUCGAGGCCGCUCCUGUAGAGGCGGCUCCCGUGGCGGAGGUGGCGGUCGCCGCUGAGGCCGCGGCCGAGCCGGCGGCUCCAGCCGACGAGGCUGCGCCUGCACCCGCCGCCGCUGAGGUCGUGGCUGAAGCACCUGCCGAGGCGGCGCCUGCGGCGGAGGCGGCGCCCGCAGCGGAGGCAGCACCUGCAGAGGCAGCACCUGCGGUUGAGGCGGCGCCCGCAGCGGAAGUGGCCGCCGUGGUGGAGAGCGCCGGUACGGCAGCAGUAGAUGACGCCCCCCCCGCUGCCCCUGCUGCCCCCGCUGAGGCAGAGACUGCCCCCGCUGCCCCCGAGGCGGCGGCCGCCCCGGCUGCCGAGGCGGCGGCGUGAAGCUUCCCCAUGGGAAGCCUGUAGAUGUGCUGUGAUCCCGGCUGUAGGAAAAACCACUCAUGACCCUCUAAUUCACGCGUUUUCUUUCCGAUUGGUUAAAAAAAAA